AUGAAGGCGUCUAUCAAGUUCCGCGACGACGACCGGCCGCUGAUGCGGGCCAAGGUGCCGAUCGGCGUGCUCGGGCUGCCGUUCCAGUCCGGCCUCUCCGCUGGCGGCGAUCCCCGGGAGCUCCGCUUCGAUCUCUCCACCGCUUUUGCCUCCGGGCCAGCUCUCCGCUUAUCGUAUCGCCCCAACGACCCUGGUCUCCCCUUCGCCAUCUCCAUCCGCGCCGGUGCCGGAGCCCUCGGCUCCCCUGUCCGGGCCCCCUUCUUCCUCGCCGCCGAGUUCAACCUCCUCUCUGCCAACUCUGGAUCUCCUGGCUUCUUCCUCCUCCUCAAGCCCCGCCUUGGCGAUUUCUCACUUUCCCACACGCUCCGGUCGUCCACGUCUCCUCCGCCCCGUACGGUCGGGGUGGUCUCCGACGGCGAAGGGCGCGACCGCGAGGACGAGCUGAGCUACAAGGCGUUCUCGUUGAGCGGGAGCGGGUUCGCGGCGGACGUUGCCGCGGCGGGGAGGAGCGGCGGCGUCGGCGCGCUGCUGUCCGGGAUGCGGUUGACCACGAGGAGCGUGCUCCCGCUCUGGGGCAGGGCGAGCAUGCGGUUCAACUGGGGGAUCCGCGCGCCACCGGGGCUGCAGGCAGCGUUCGCCGACGACCGCAAGGACGCGCGCGUGCCCGUCUGCAAGAUGCCGCUGCUGGUCAUCAACAAGAUCUCCAUCGAGCAGGCGCCACACGCCGACAAGAAGAAAGACAGCAAAGCAGAUGUAGAUGUCUCGCUGCCUGCCAUCGACGCCACGGACGCGUUGGAUAGAGCGGGUCACGCCGCCGACGGCGAGGGGUUCUCACUGAUGAGGCGGCAACUGGAGGCGAUGAACGCGGAGAGCGGGAUGCUCCGCCGCGCCGUGGACGAGCUGCGCACCGAGAUCGGGCGCGGCAGGGCCGCGUCCGUGGCAGCGGUAGGGAGGCCGCCGCCACAGCCGCAUCACGGGUUCUCGGUGAAGCCGGAUCGUCGGGGCGGUGGGAAGGAGCCAGCGGCGGAGAACUCAGCGAUGCCAGCGCCGGACGAGGUGGGGGAGGAGUUGAAGAGGGCACUGGAGGCGCGCCGGAGAUGA